CCGAAAGGCAUCGCGCGGGUGUUUCUCGGAGGUCAAGAUGGCGGGGAGGGCACCUGCUGCAGCUGGUGGGCGUCUGCUUCAAGGUCUCCGCAAGUGGUACUACAAUGCUGCCGGAUUCAAUAAGCUUGGUCUAAUGAGAGAUGAUACAAUCUAUGAGGAUGAUGAUGUGAAGGAAGCACUAAAGAGGCUUCCCGAAGAUGUGUAUAAUGCGAGAUUAUUUCGUAUCAAGAGAGCACUAGAUUUGUCCAUGAGGCAACAAAUUCUUCCCAAAGAACAGUGGGGAAAAUACGAAGAGGAGAAUUAUUAUCUGGAACCAUACCUGAAAGAAGUCGUUCGUGAAAGACUUGAAAAGGAGGCAUGGGGAAAGAAGUAACUGAUUGUAACUUUCUUGUGCAAAUGCUUCCCUAAAGUUCUGGAAGAAUUCUCUUUAAAUAUCUGGGUGCUGAGAAGUCUCACAUAACGUUAUGAUCACUCAAGAUUUUGUUCAUCCAACUGAAACAUUACUAAACCAGCUUGGAAUCCUUUCUCCUAAAUUGCAAGGAAUUGGUUCAAGUCCUUUUCGGCUACAUUGCAUGCUUGCGGGGUAAUCUGUAAUCUUCAUUCCAGCUGUUUGAGUAAUUCUUUUUGUCAUAAUACAGCUGUUUCCUGCAGCUGGGAGGGUAGAUAAGCAACAGUUUGCUGUUCUUGUUCCUGCUCUUCGGGCUCCCUUCUUUACAAGGGAUGCCCAUCUGCACUGUGACUGCGCACAUCCAUCAUCACCUCUUGUCUCUGGAGAUGGGGAUGCAGGCGCAGACUUCAGCAAUCAGCAGCAGCCCUAGACGGGUUGUGUAACCCGUCGUGUCUACCCAAACAAAUGGAAUGGCACAUUAAUAGACCCUUUUGGAAUGUUUGUGUUUCCUGCCAAUCUUGAAAUAAAAUUGCCUCAUUUAACCCAAAUUAGUCACUUGGAUUUAUUUGCUGAAUGACUAAAGCCCUACAGUCCUGAGUAAACUUGGGAGUAAUGUCCCAUGGCAAGCAAGAGAACUUAUUUCUGAGUGUAAAGGUUUUUAAUUGGGUAGUAAAAUGUUAAAAUGUGGUCCCUAAAGGAUACUUAUCUGAUUGGUAGUGCCUGUCAUUUGUGGUGUUACAUAGUUGAAAUGCUUUAUCUACAGUCUAAAGGGGGACAUUUGUCUUCUUUUGGCUCAUGCUAGCAGGAAGUGGGGAAAUCAGAACCUGUCCUCAGUUGCUGGUAAUGCCCAAAUGGGCAAGGGGCCAGAAUAUAAUCACUGAGUUGCAGAUGGCCCUUGAGCUCUACGCUCUGCCCAAGAGCAGAAUAAAUCAGUCUCGUU